AUGGUGGUACUUUGGAAGACCGUGGCGUUUUGGACUUUGCUCCAGAUUUUCUUGGAACUCUUUUCGGUCUUUGUCGUCCUUUGGUACGUCUGGUGCAUCCAGAAGAACGACUGGGCACUUGCGAAGCAGGAGGCAGAAGCAGCUGGAGACGUGCACUUCCCAAAGGAGGUGGAAAAGAGCGUGUUAUCGGACCAUCCCAGUUAUUUGUCUUUCUUAAUUCUACUGCGUUGGAUUCAUUUCAUCGUGGCGCUCUUUCAAUAUGAAUCCGUGGGGCGCAACAUCGUGCCGGUGAUCCACGCGGUGCGACAACCGGAAAGUUUGUUCUACAUGAUCUUCUUAUUGUUGGCAUUAAUGGCCUCGUGUCACGCUUAUGCUGUGUAUCCCAUCGAAGAGAAUGUUGGAAGUUGGAAUGAGAGUUUCAAUGCAGUGCUGAAGAUCUUCCGCUUGGAAUUCUUAGGAGACUUUGAUCUCAAUGAGAUGGAAGGUCUUGACGAUGAGAUCCAUGGAACCAUCAAGAACAAUACCAUCUCAGCUGAGAUGGACGAGCAAAAGUACAACUCCAAAUACCAUCAAGGAAUCCGUACGCAGUUUGUUUUUCUCAGUCUUGGAAUCACUCUCGUGGCCAUGAACACCUACAUUGGCUUGUUGGGUGAGUUGUACUCACAAGCUGUGAAAAGAAAGAACCAACUUUACAGCCACUACCUGGCGGCCACCACCUACCAGCAUCUUUGCCUCACAAUCUUCUUGAGAUUGCUGGAAAGUGUCUUGAAGGAGCCCACUGUGCUUCUGGAAGGCCUGAAUAAGCAUUCAUAUUUGCUAAGGAGUGGAGACUUUGUUGAUGUCCCCGUGGAGAUCGAAGAUGAACCAGAGGUGAAUCCACGAGGUCUUCCUUACGAUCCCUUAGAGACAGUACUGGUGGGCCAACAGGACCUGCACAGCGAGAUGGGCCCGGAGGCAUUGUUGCGGCAGCAUCGUGUUGCACACUUUAAGCAGAAAAACUCACCCGCAGUGCAGCGGCGGAUCCUUGAGAAGGUGGAUGCCAUGGCUCCCACACCGCUCCUGGACGCCAGCUGGUCACUCGCAGAACGCCACAAGCGACGGAUGAACAUGCCGCAGCGUUUGUUGGCGCUGGGCGAGUUAAAGACUUGGCUCGGCAGAAUUGGUCUUGAUGCCGCACGAGAAGAGUUGGGAUUUGCCCGCGGACCACUGUGCAGAGAUGACUUUGUGAAGGCCUUGGCGGAUCGCGACUACCCCUACGGAAUUCUUGGUGCCAAAACUGUGGCGUUCUUCCUGUCUGAGGAUACCAUCAGCUGGAACGAUAUCACCAGUUGCCUGGAGGAGUGUGAAGCACCUGAGGGUCCUUCACGCUGGGAGUUGCUCAGAAAUGACGCUGAGGAGGCACGACGUAUUCGAGAUCAGGAUCCCAUCGAGGAGCAUCUCAUUGAGCAGUACGUGGGCACUCUUCGGCGAAGAAAGGAUCCCAACGCGACGCACUCUGAUGCCCUCGCCGGGCUGCUUAAGCGGAUGUGGCAAGGAGAGCCAGAGGUGGCGGAGUUUAUGGAAUUUGUUUUCACAGAGUUCAGGUCCAUUCCAAUGCUCUGGCGCUUCUUGAACAUUUCCAAGAAGAGCCUGAAAGGGGAUGAUGGUGUUCUCACAGAGGAGGACUUCAGGACUGCAAUGCGAUGUCUCUUUUCGAGGGAAGGCCGACAACCAGUUGAGGCCCACAUGUCUGGCUUAUUCGACCUGCUUGACACGAACAAGCAAAAUCGGAUUAGGUUGUCAGACAUUCUGCACGAAGAACCUCAUGCAGGAUUUGCAGUUUUGGACGUUGCUGGACACUCUGAAGUUUUUCAGCCGAGGCCGCAAAGCCUUGCUGGGCCGUUUGCGGCGCUUCCUGGAAGAGCUCACCUCGUCCAAGACACCAGAAAUGAAGGCGUUGAUGCAGCUCUACAAGUCGCCAGCUGA